AAAUAGUUGGUCGGAGCGAAAAAUUGCAAACAAUUUUAGUUUCUCAACUGGAAAGUCAUGGUUCACAAUUACCAUUAAAUAUUGUCGAUUGCGGCUCGGUUGCCGAAGAAAAAGCAUUGUUGGGAUUAGCGGUGCAAAAAUUAGAUGCCGUUACGAAAAAUCUCGCAACUUUGAUUGAGUUAAGCAAUGAAGGAGAUUUGAAUUCCGAAGUCCACCCGUUAGAUUUGGCUCCGCUCCAAGAGUUAUUAACUGAUUAUGGUCAGGAAAUUUACGACCAAAAGCGAGUAAUAAAUAUUCUAAAAAAUGAAUCAGGAGAAAAGGACAAGGCAAUACAAAAAUUAGUGGAAACUCAACAAGGAAAAGACGACGAAAUCAGCAAUUUAAGAACGAAAAUCGGGGAAGAAAGAAAAUUAAGUAGAAGACAAAAAAAAGAAUUAGAUAACUUAACGGGUUCCUACCAAGCCCUUGUGGGCCAAGUGCAAAGUCUGAAAUCUGAACUGGCAAUCAAAGAGAGAAAAUUAAACCAAGCUGCCGAGGAAAUUAGAAAAUUGCAAGACGAUUUAAGCGAUGCCCAAAACGCUUCCUCUUCACGGGCCAAAAUGGAAUCGUUUGCUGAAAAGGCUGAAGAAUAUAGCCAAAAAGUAGUCCAAUUACAAGAAGAAAAAAACCAUUUUUGGGAAUGUUUUCUAGUUAUUCAGGACAAAUUAGAAAAUUUUCGCAAAGUUAAACUGGAAGCCUUAGCUUUUCUGGUAACGAAACCAAAAAAACGGCGUUCUAGUGCCCCCGUUCCCAAAUCGGCCAACUUGUUUUCGCAGCCCAUGAGAAAGAGCGCCUCAACAACGGCAACGCCCUUACCUACUAUAAAAGAAGAAUAUUUUGCUACUAAUCGUCAGCCAAAGGCAAAAAAUAUCACCAUUUCCAAAAAAGAAACCUCUCUGCCUAAUAAAUUAACUUGGGAAUUUCCUUAUUUGUCAAUUGUUUUUCCUUUUUGA